CUAUUAUAAGCGCCCCCUCCCCCCCACCUGCUCCUCAUUCCUGUUCCCUUCUCUCUCUCUCUCUAAACUCUCUCCUUGUCUCUCUAAAACCGAGAAGCGUCGAAGCUUAAUCAGUCGUGACCUUUCGUUUCCGUUCAUUUUCCGGGUGGAGAUGAACGUGCAUGCGUCGUUCUGAGAGAGUUUCAGGUCUUCGAGAGGAUUUCCUCUUCGUUUUAUCUGAUACAAAGGAUGGCUCCCGGGACGACUACUGAUGCCAGUAAUUGGCUCUCCUUUUCUCUCUCGCCGAUGGAGAUGUUCAGUUCGCCUCCGCCUUCGCAGAACCAAAGCCAAUACUUCUUCCUCGACAACUAUUAUCCUCAGUCCAACGCUUGGGAAAGCUCCAAGGCUCCGGCUAUGUACCCCGGAGAUGAUCAAAUGAAGCAAGUGUCGAAUCAGAACAUUGUCGAUUCCUCGAUUUUUACAGGUUUUAUCGAUUCAGAAAUCGGGGAACAGCCGGCACGGAAGCUAGAGGAUUUUCUGGGCAGCGACUCGGCGAUGGUCCGGUACUCGGACAGCCAGACGGACACUCAAGACUCGUCGCUGACUCAUAUCUACGAUCAGGGAAGCUCAGCCUACUUCCAGGACCCCCAGGAUUUCAAAGCAAUCUCCGCCGCCGCUGGGUUCCAGGCGUUUUCCACCAACUCGGGGUCCGAAGUCGACGACUCGGCGUCCAUUGGCCGGACCCAGCUCUCUUCCGGCGACUUCCCGAAUCAGUGCAUUGAGUCCGGGAACGAGUUGGCCUUCUCUCCGUGCCCAACCGGCGCUUUAUCCCUAGCCGUCAACAAUAACACCUCCGAGAAAGCCCUGGUUUCUGUCGAUUCAGAGAGUUGCAAGAAAAUCAACGACACCUUUGGCCAAAGAACUUCCAUUUACAGAGGGGUCACUCGGCACAGAUGGACUGGACGAUACGAAGCGCAUCUAUGGGACAACAGCUGCAGAAGGGAGGGUCAGGCCAGAAAGGGCCGUCAAGUGUACCUGGGUGGAUAUGAUAAAGAGGAAAAGGCAGCAAGGGCUUACGAUCUUGCAGCUCUCAAGUAUUGGGGUCCGACCGCCACAACUAACUUCCCUGUUUCCAAUUACUCCAAAGAACUUGAGGAGAUGAAGAAUGUGACUAAACAAGAAUUCAUCGCAUCACUGAGAAGGAAGAGUAGUGGAUUUUCAAGGGGGGCAUCUAUCUACAGGGGUGUAACCAGGCAUCAUCAACAGGGUCGAUGGCAAGCAAGAAUUGGUCGUGUUGCUGGAAACAAAGAUCUCUACCUUGGGACAUUUGCCACCGAGGAGGAAGCAGCAGAGGCAUACGAUGUAGCGGCAAUAAAGUUCCGGGGAGUGAAUGCGGUAACCAACUUUGAGAUGAACCGAUAUGACGUGGAAUCGAUUAUUAAGAGUGCUCUUCCCAUUGGUGGGGCAGCUAAGAGGCUGAAACUUACCCUCGAGAAUGAGCCGAAACAGGCUUUGAACCAUGAACAGCAACUGCAGUGCGGCAGCAACGGCAGCGUUAGCAUCAACUUUGGUUCCAUUCAGCCCCUUGCUUCUAUCCCAUCUGGAGUGCCAUUCGAUGCCCCCAACCAUUACCAUACCAACAACCUGUUCCAUAUCCAUUCCAACAAUGCCAUGACUUCCAACCCCCCGGCCUCCACCUCCUCCAUGGUUCCUCCAAUGACUUUCAUGCAGCAACAGGCCGAGUUCUUUGUUUGGCCUUCUCACCAAUCCUAUUAAUGAGACCGAUCCAAGAUCCCAACCUCUCUGCAUCAACAAAUACCGGUAAAGCUGAUAGUAACUAGUAGCCCUUCUCUCUUGUUAUUCUCCGCAAACUGACCUGCUCUGACUCUUCAAACUCUUUAGUAUAGUAGCAUUUGACUGUUGAAGGUCCGGCUCUCUGAGAUAGAUGGUUAUGUUGGAAGGAUAAAGUGUUUAUGUUUUAGGGUAAAAACUUAAGUUUUGUAAGUAAGCUUUUCUUGGGUAGGUUGAAUGGACCAGGGGGCACUCCAUCUUGUGAAAAGGUUUCAGAUCUUUUCAGAGUUUUGCUUUUGUCAGAGUUGUUCCUCCUGGUGGCAAUCCUUACUGGAUUAAUGCUUAGUUAAACCAUAUAUAGUUUGCUUCAACUUCUUCUUCUU